AUGUCAAGAGGUAAUUACGAUCAUCUUUUCAAGAUUUUAAUCAUUGGGGAAUCUGGUGUAGGAAAAACUGCUAUUAUGCAAAGAUUCUGUGAGAAUACAUUUGAGCCAGUAUAUAUUUCAACUGUUGGAGUUGACUUUAAACCAAAAGUAAUUAAAGUAGGAAAUAAAACUGUCAAAAUGCAGUUAUGGGAUACUGCUGGACAAGAUAGAUUUAGAAAUAUUACAGCAAGUUAUUAUAGAGGUACUCAAGGAGUAUUGAUUGUUUAUGACGUUACUGAUCGUGCUUCUUUUGAUAAAGUAUCAUCAUGGUUCACUGAAGUUCGUGAUCGUACUGAAAAUGAUCCACCAGUUAUUAUUUUAGUAGGAAAUAAGACUGAUCUUAUGGAUCAUGCAGCUGUUAAGCAAGAAGCUGUUGAACAAUUAGCCAGACAAUUAGGUGGUGUUCAAACCUUCACUUGCUCUGCUAAAGAUGGAUCUGGGAUUGAUGAAGUUUUCAAUGCACUUACUCAAGCUAUUAUUUCUAAAGUUGGUUGUGCUCCUGGAAAGAAGGAAGAUCCUAGUGUUGUUCAAUUAGGUGGUAAAAGUGGCUCACAACCAGCACAAAAGAGUGAAGGUGGUUGUUGUUAA